AUGCAAAACGUCAAAGACACAUACCAAGAUGUUUUUGAAGGUCUUGGCACCUUAGGUCCAGCACUGCAUCUUGAAGUUGAUCCUGAAAUGUCGCCUGUCCAACUCCCACCAAGAAAAAUCCCAGAGUCGCUCAAGCAACCGUUGCGAGAACAUUUGGACGAACUUGUCAAGCUUGAGGUCAUAGAACGAGUAGACUAUCCAACAGACUGGGUCAGCGCAAUUGUUGUUGCACCAAAACCCAAUGGCAAAAUUAGAUUAUGCCUCGAUCCCAGACCACUCAAUAAAGCGCUGAAACGAUGCCACCAUCCAAUACCGACAAUUGACGACGUACUUCCAGAACUGUCCAAUGCAAAAGUCUUUACCAAAGUCGACUGUAGCAACGGAUAUUGGCAAGUAGAAUUAGACGAAGAGUCGUCUCUUUUAACGACGUUCAACACUCCAUUUGGACGAUUUAAAUGGCAACGGAUGCCUUUCGGGAUCUCCCCUGCAGGAGAGAUUUUCCAGCAACGACUGGACCAGGCAAUUGAUGACUUGGAUGGCGUACGGACUGUUGCUGAUGACAUUUUAGUAAUAGGAAAUGGAGAGACGAUGCAGGAAGCUGUAGCCGACCAUGACAGAAAGCUCAAGGAACUAUUCGACCGCUGCAGAGCUAAACAUAUCAAGCUUAACCCAAACAAGAUUGAGUUGAAGAAGACCUCAAUGCCAUACAUUGGCCACAUUCUUACAUCUGACGGUGUCCAAGCGGAUCCUGCUAAAGUACAAGCCAUACUAGAAAUGAAGCAACCCACAGACGUGGCUGGAGUCAGAAGAAUCCUCGGCACAGUUAAUUAUCUUGCCAAGUUCCUUCCCCACCUCUCACAAGUAUCUGAACCACUACGACAACUCACAAAAAAGAAUCAGCCUUUCGAUUGGGACAAAUCGCAUGACGCCGCUUUCACCCAAAUAAAGAAAUUGAUCACAGAACCGCCAGUCCUCAAUACUACGAGUCGACCAAACCCCUGA